AUGGAAGAUAAUAAAGCAGAGGUGCAAGAUCCUUUAUUGGAAAUAAAUGUUGGUACUAAAAAAGAUAAUCGGCCAUUAUUUGUUAGUGCUUUGCUUGAGCCUAAAUUACAGGCCGAUUUGAUUAAAUUAUUAAAUGAAUAUAAGGAUUGCUUUGCUUGGAGUUAUGAAGAGAUGCCUGGCCUGUCUAGAAAAUUGGUAGAACAUAGAUUACCGAUCAAGAAAGAUUUUCAGCCAUAUAAACAACCACCAAGAAGGAUGUCUUCGGAAGUAAUGCUCAAAAUUAAAGAAGAAAUUGAGAGACUUCUUAAGGCAGGAUUUAUUCGAACAGUUAGGUAUAUUGAAUGGUUGUCUAAUGUUGUUCCUGUAAUGAAGAAGAAUGGCAAACUUAGAGUUUGUGUGGAUUUUCGCAAUUUAAAUAAUGCCACUCCAAAAGAUGAAUAUCCAAUGCCUGUGGCCGAUCAACUUAUUGAUUCGGCCGCUAAGCAUGAAAUAUUGUCUUUUAUGGACGGCCAUUCAGGUUAUAAUCAAAUCUAUUUAGCCGAGGAGGAUGUUCAUAAAACGGCUUUUAGAUGUCCUGGGUCAAUUGGUACUUUUGACUGGAUUGUGAUGCCAUUUGGCCUAAAAAAUGCUGGGGCUACUUAUCAAAGGGCAAUGAAUUCUAUCUUUCAUGAUAUGAUUGGCCGAUUCAUGGAAAUUUAUAUAGAUGAUGUGGUUGUGAAAUCAUCGGCCAAGAGACAGCAUUUGGAACACUUGAAAAGGGCCUUUGAAAGGAUGAGGAUUCACAAAUUGAAAAUGAACCCAUUGAAGUGUGCAUUUGGAGUUUCAGCCGGGAAUUUCUUGGGGUUCUUGGUACAUAAACGAGGUAUUGAAGUUGAUCAGAACAAGGUCAAAGCUAUUAUAAAUGUUAGGGCCCCAGCCAACAAAAAACAAGUGCAAAGGUUCUUCGGCCAGGUAGGUUUUCUUAGAAGAUUUAUUUCUAACCAUGCUGGCCGAGUGUAUGUCUUUUCGACUUUAGUGAAAUUAAAGUCACAUGAGAAAUUUCAUUGGGACAAAUCCCAUCAGAAGGCCUUUGACAAAAUAAAAGAGUAUUUGGCAAACCCCCCGGUUGUAAUGCCUCCAAGAAAGAAGUGGCCGUUAAAGCUUUAUUUAUCGGCCGCAGAAGAAUCAAUUGGUAGUAUGCUCGCACAAGACAAUGAACAUGGAAAGGAGCAGGCUGUCUACUACCUGAGUAGAGUACUAACUGAUGUAGAAUGCAGAUAUUCCUCAAUUGAGAAGCUUUGUUUAUCUUUGUACUAUUCGGCCAUGAAGUUGAGAGUAUACAUGCGGCCUGUUGAUGUUUACAUUCUUUGUCAGACUAACGUAAUCAAGUAUAUGCUAUCAAGGCCAUUGAUCACUUGCCGAAUAGGUAAGUGGGCUUUGGCUUUGAUGGAAUUCAAUUUUAUCUACGUCUCACAAAAAUCAGUAAAAGGAAGGGUUCUGGCUGAUUUUUUGGCCGAUCAUCCUUCAACUGAUAUUGAUCCAUGGGUUUAUGAUGAAUUGGAGUCAUCAGCUAUAUUCUUGACUCCUUGGAUCUUGAUGUUUGAUGGAUCAAGCACGGCUGAUGGAGCAGGAGCAGGUAUUGUUAUUAUUUUGCCAGCUGGCAGAAAGGCUUCAUUCUCUUUCUUUUUAGAUUUUAAAUGUUCAAAUAACCAGGCCGAAUAUGAAGCACUUAUAAUCAGCCUGGAGAUUUUAAUUGAAAUGGCUUUCUGGCCGAGAGGGCAGAAUAAGGAGGCCAACAGCAUGGCUCAAGCAGCCUCUGGAAUAAGAGUACCAGCCGGAAUAGAAGAUCAGUUGAUAAAGAUAACACGAAGAUCUUUGCCAUCGGCAGAAUUGAGAAAUACUAUGUUUGAUACUUGGAUAAUUGAUGUAGAAGAUUUGGACGACGAUGACUGGAGGAUACCAUUUAUAAUGUUUCUUCGAAAUCCAAACAUCAAGGCUGAUAGGAGUAUUAAAAGAAAAGCGAUCAACUUUGUGCUUCUAGAUGGGGAUCUAUACAGAAAAGGGUUAGAAGAUGGGCUCCUACUACGAUGCAUAAGCAAGGAGGAAUCAUUUCAGGUUAUGGCCGAGGUACAUGAGGGCAGUUGUGGGGCUCACCAAGCUGGGAUUAAAAUGAGAUGGUUGAUUCGCAGAUAUGGAUAUUAUUGGCCGAGAAUGAGAAAAGAUUGCAUAGAUUACUCAAAAGGUUGUCAAGCUUGUCAAAGACACGGGUCGAUUCAGAAUGUACCAGCAAAAGAAUUACAGCCAAUAAUCAAACUUUGGCCAUUCAGAGGUUGGGGCCUUGACCUUAUUGGUAAAAUUAAUCCACCAUCAAGCGAAGGCCAUCACUGGGUGAUUGUUGCCAUAGAUUAUUUUACUAAAUGGGUUGAGGCCAAGGCUUGCAAAACGGUUGAUCAGCAAACAGUGAUUAAUUUCAUGGAGCAAAACAUCAUCCACAGAUUUGGGAUUCCAGAAACACUUGUUUCAGACAAUGCAACAGCCGAAUCUUCAAAUAAGAUUCUAAUUGAGAUCAUUGAAAAAAUGAUCAAAGAUAAGCCAAGAAGGUGGCAUGAGACUUUGUCUGAAGCCUUAUGGGCCUAUAGGAACUCAAAAAGAACAGGCACAGGAGUUACACCAUACAUGUUAACUUAUGGUCAUGAUGCUGUUCUGCCUAUGGAGAUGAAGGUUAAAUCAGCCAGAGUUGCUUUUCAAAAUAAUCUAACUCCAGCUGAUUAUACUCAAGCAAUGUUGGUAGAAUUGGAAGAUUUGGAUGAAUUUAGAAGGGAUGCCUUGGAUCAUAUCAUAGCUCACAAGAAGAAAGUGAUGAGGAUCUACAACAAGAGGGUAAAACCUAAGUCUUUUGCUGAAGAAGAUUUGGUUUGGAAAGUUGUUUUGCCAGUGGGUAAAGUCGAUAGGAAAUAUGGGAAGUGGUCCCAAAAAUGGGAAGGGCCAUACUUAGUCCAUCAAGUUUUAAGUGGAGGAGCAUAUAGGCUGAAAUAUUUCAGUGGCCGAUUACAUGACUAUCCCAUUAAUGGCAAGUACCUCAAGAGGUAUGUACCGGCAAUCUUUGAAAGGGAAAAUUAG